AUGGCAGUUUCAGAUGAUGUCGACACGCGUGUAGAAUCCCUCGAUGUCAAGCUGGCCAAACUCAACGCCGAACUCUCCGCCUACCAGCAGAAACUAGCCAAGAUGCGCGACGGACCCGGCAAGACAGCUAUCAAACAAAAAGCCCUCAAAGUCCUGCAACAACGCAAAAUGUACGAGUCACAGCGGGACCAACUGCAGGCGCAGUCCUGGAAUAUGGAGCAAGCCGGCAUGAUGCAGGAUAAUCUGAAGAACACCAUGGUCACGGUUGAUGCUAUGAAGACUACCACCAAGGAACUGAAGAAACAGUAUGGCAAGGUCAAUAUCGAUAAGAUUGAAAAACUGCAGGACGAGAUGGCCGAUCUCAUGGAUAUUGGGAAUGAUAUACAGGACGCUAUCAGCCGCAGCUACGAUGUUCCCGAUGAGGUGGAUGAGGCCGAGCUUGAUGCUGAACUGGAGGCUUUGGGCGACGAGGUGGAACUGGAUGGUAUUGGAGAGUCAUCAGGCAUGCCUGCAUUCAUGCUCGACGACGCUGCUCCGCCUCAAUUCAUCGACGAACCGCCAGAGCAGAACAAGGUCAAGGAGGCUGCAGGAUGA